AUGGCCUCAGAGAAUGAGAGGAUUGAGGAUAGCCAUGAAGAUGCUCCGACACCGUCAACAUCCAGUGGCAAGCUUAUCAAAGAAUCCUCUAAGCUCAUUAUUGAAAAAACAGAGAAUAGGAAAAGCCCUGCAUCCGGGGGUUCGAGCAGGUCAACUUCAAAGUCACGUACACCUCCAGUGAGAGCGCGGGAGGAUGGUAUUCCUAUGAAACUGCUUAGCCCUGUUGCUGGUGAAUCAUUCACUUAUUACUGGCCACUAAGGGAGUCGUCUAGUUAUAGCGAAGGGGCAGAAAUAAUCGAAACCAUAAAAGACACACUCUCUUGGUUUCCAGAGUUACAAUUUGUGUUCAAGAAAAAAGAAGUCGAUAUUGACAAAAUAGAUAAAAAGAGCUAUGCGGAUAUGAGUAUGUUGCUUGAAAAUUAUAAUGAAUGGAAAGGCGCUACGAAGCCAGGUGGCGAAAUCUGGUCGACAGAAAGAGCAGACUCUGAGUUACUGAAAAGGAUAAGAAAUCGAGCAUAUAAUCGGGCAGUUGAGAAUGUUAACCUCCUAAAUAAUCACUACAAAGCGUUUUCUUCAGAAACUUAUGGGGAAACCUCGUUUGAAAGGUUACAGUUGAUUAUUCAGGAAAUUACUCCUAAAGAAAGAGACAUUUUUGUUGAUUUGGGCAGUGGCGUUGGACAGUUAGUAAUUCAAAUGGCUGGUGGUUCGAAGGUUAAGAAAGCAGUAGGCAUUGAGAUUGCACAAGUUCCAAAUAGAUACGCGCAGAAUCUGGCGGAUGAGUUUAAAAAGUGGAUGAAAUGGUACGGCAAGAAAUUUCGCCCAUUUGAGUUGUUGCAUGGUGAUUUCUUGGACCUUAAAUUCCGCGACCUGAUAACGAAAGAAGCCACAAUAAUUUUUAUCAACAACUUUGCUUUCACAGCUGAAUUGGAAACCAAAAUAAAACGAGAAAUACUGGCUGAAUUAAAAGAUGGUACGCGUAUAAUCUCGACAAAGCCAUAUGGUCACACUAAUAGGGCUUUGACAGAUCGUCACAUGAAUGAUAUAUCUGCAAUAUUGGACAUGUAUGAGAUGGCAGAAUGCGAAAAUGCAUGCUCGUGGACGAGUAAUUACGUUCCCUAUUAUCAUCACACAAUAAAUCGUGCUAGGUUGGAAUAUUUCUUCUCACAAAGGAAUCCUGCGCUGAAGUCUGCAUGUAACGGUUCGGAUGGCCGACGUUCUUCUUCCAGCAGUAAAGCUUCCCGUGAUGUGUGUUCCAGAGAAUCUAGUGUUUCAGCAGCGCGUGCAGCCACACCAAACCAUAGUGCAAGCAAUGGACAUGGCAGUUCCGCAGACUCAGUAACCAAGAUAUCGGAGGAGGAUGAUAAGGACGCGAAAGGGCCAACGACACGUAGCAGGUGGCAAGAAUAUGUGUCUAAAGCUCAUGUCUCAAAAAGGUCGUCAAAAACCUCGAAAGAUUCGGUGGAACAGAGUGGAACAGGGUCGGUAAGGAAACGAGAUGCAAGCGAAGAUACGGAUUAUAUUCCACCGGCAGCCAAAAAAUACAGGAAGACUUCUGGAGUGCGAGGCCGUCCGAGAAAAGCAGCUGCUGUACUUAAGUCACCAGCAGAAGAUUCGGCUGAAGCUUUAGAUUCUCUAAACACUUUGACAGCUGCCGCUGCUGCUCAAACAACACCAUCACAAGAAUCAGAUGCUUCGUUAAUUCCUGCAGAUGUUUCGUCCCCUGCCUAUUCAGUUCCGUCGCCAGCUCAAUCUCGGGUAACAUGUAACGGCCUGCAGCCGAGCAAGUACCCGGCAUUAGACCAGGCUCUUGAACGUGUUCGUUCGUAUUAUGAGGGUCUUUUGGAUGUGAUGUAUAACAAUAAGGAUGAUUACAUUGCAAGACUAAAGGCUGAAAUCGAUGACCAGCUGGCUUACCGAAAUGCUUUGUUAGCUAGGAAAGAAGGGCUGGAGAGGAGUGUUAAUACUUUACUCUCCAUGGGAGUGGCGAGGUUGCGUUUACGACUUGAAGAGUUAAAUAUUGAAGCGUCCAGUCCUGCUCAUCUUUUAGAACGGGCCAAAGAGAUUGUUGAACAUCAUAAGAAGAUCACCGCUACAUGUGCUGCUAUGGAAAGUGAAAUUACAAGUUUGGAGUUGGCGAACCAGCAACUGGAACUCAAAUCAAAAGAAAGAGAAGGUUCAACAGCGCCUGUAAUUGGUGCUUCAGAUGUAUAUGCGGCUGAGAAAAACCAACUGCUAAGAAACUUCAAAAACUCCCUAAAUAAAGUGGAUGCACUCGCGGCUAUGGCCGAGUCUACUUCUGAGAGUUUGCUGCAGCAGACACGUUCUUCGUUGUUGUCUCCUCAGUCUGAAACUGCUUCGAACCAUGGUGUAGCAACAGUCAACCCAUCUGCACAUGGACAAAAUAGUCUCACACCGUUUAGUGUUAAACGCACUCGUAGCCGAUCAUCUAGAGGAAGCUCUUCAGGAAAACGUGUUGCGCUUAGUGCAAAUAAACAGGUAGCAGAUCCAGUGGAAGAGGAAGAAAUGCAACGUACAAUACAACACAUUGUUGCUAAGGCACUGGAGGUUGAUAGUGCAGCGAAAUGCGCAGAAAAAGAACGACGUGCUCGAGGGGACAAAAGAAAAGAUAAAAGUGGUGCAGCAGCAGCAGUUUCUUCCACGCCUGCAGGUCAACGCGUGGAAGAUGCAUCAGUUUCGACGACAGUUGCAGAAAUAGCUCCGUUUGCAACAAACAGUGUUGCAGACGCAUCUGCUAUGAUGUUAAGCUCACCUAGUUCUUUUGAAGGAGGCAAUGUUUAUGCAUCUUCAGAAAUCCAUAGGAACACUCCAGAUACCGACAGUAUCAGGUCUGAAGAGGACUAG